AUGAGCCUUCACCAUUGUGAUGCUUCCAGAGUUAAGGGAGAAAGGCGUACUUGUGCAAAGAUCCUAGAGGACAUGAUUGAGUUCUCUAGGGAUACUUUAGGCUGCAAACAUAUGGUGGCAUUGGCAUCGCAGAAUACAAAAGGCCUGGGGAAUCGAGUUGUCACGAUUAGGAAUGUUCUUAAACCUUACAAUAAGACCGAAAAGAUAGUUGCAUGUCAUGAGGUGUUUUUCCCCUUUGCCGCGUAUUAUUGUCAUAUGUUGCCUUUAACACAAGUAUAUGCGGUGGAAGUGAUUAGUCCAAAGAAAAGUGGUACAAUCAAUAAUCUCUUUGCAAUUUGUCAUAUGGACAGGACACCGAACCACAUGGCCUUCAAACUACUCAAGACAUCUCCCGGGAAAGGAGAGGUGUGCCACUGGAUAGGCGAAAUGGACCUUCUCUGGGUGAGUUACGACUAG